CAUACAUGCAGAUACAGAUGUCUGAAAGUGACUUAUAAUACUAUUUGCCUACACAGAUUGUCAAGCAUAAACCAUUGACUGGUGAUAAAUCGAAAGUAUACUGAGGCAUUUUUUUCGAAUAUUUACUUCGAUAAGGUUUUCGUUGCAGCGGAGAUUUCUGUAUAGCUUCAUAAUUUCCUAAUUUAGAAUGUAACUUUUUCGACGAACUCUGACUUGCCGAUACAUUCUACAACGAUACAGGGGUCUAAUUAACGAUUUUGCACACCUUUCAGAUUCCUCAAAUCGGUCUCGGGUUUGAAUUCGGUUGCCAAAUUCAUAACCUCAUAGACUCACCGAAUUGUUGUCAGAAAUCACGUCAGUCAUGCACACGAUGUGCGUAUCGCAACACUGUUCUUUGUUAGGACUAUCUUAUCUUGUAUGAACGAAAAGCAAAGGUCGGCGACAAGAUAACGAUAAGUUACAAUACUUCGAGGCAUGUAACUCUAUAGAAUGGUCUUGUGCACCAUCUUCGGAUCUUCCCGUCAGCUUCCCAGGUAGGCCCGAAAAUUCCAUGCCUCUUUCAUCCUCUUUGAACGUCCAAGAUAAUCUAUAUAAACUGGCUUUGGCUACAAAGCUGGCAUCAUCUUUCACUAACCAUUCAGUCCAACAUAAAUCUUUUAAGGCAAGCUACAACAAAUACACUACAAUAUUCCAAAGACUCCUCUCUCAAAAUGGCGCGAAUGACCGCAAUUUUGGCUACGGCCAUUAUCAGUCUCGCUUAUGCUGCUCCUAUGAGCCCUGUCCAAGGUCUGCAUCCUCCUUGAGAACAAAAAUAUCAUCACUGACUUUAAGCAGGAGAAGUUGAAGCUCGAGGUGUGUUAGAUGCCGAGUAUGCUCAGCUCGAUUGGUUUAUGGCUAAACGUAACCCAGAACUGUCUUAUGUGAACAGUCGCGCACCGGAAUUGAGCUACGUGGUAUGUUUCAUACAGGCAUGGCUUAGCAAUUAGCUUACCGAAGUAUAGAAUUCGAAGCGAGAGCCUGAAUUGAGCUAUGUCAAUUCUAAGCGAGAACUCAGCUAUGUCAAUUCCAAACGGGAACCCGAAUUGAGCUACGUCAACUCCAAGCGUGAACCGGAGCUUAGCUACGUAAAUUCCAAGAGAGAGCCAGAGUUGAGUUAUGUGGUGUGUUUAGGACUUCCUAUUCUAAAAUGUAUCUCUAUUGACAGAUUCACAGAACUCCAAGCGUGAGCCUGAGCUUAGCUACGUCAACUCCAAACGCGAACCCGAGUUGAGUUACGUAAAUUCCAAGCGAGAGCCAGAGCUGAGCUAUGUGGUAUGUUCAAUAAUUCUGGUUCAACAAUGUAGCUAUUAACAGAUUUUCAGAACUCCAAGCGAGAGCCUGAGCUCAGCUAUGUCAACUCCAAGCGAGAACCUGAACUGAGCUAUGUCAAUUCUAAGCGUGAGCCUGAAUUGAGCUACGUCGUAUGUUCAGCAAAUUCCACUCUCCAUUCUAUCCACUCUCCAUUCUAUCCACUCUCCAUUCUAUCCACUCUCCAUUCUAUCCACUAAUCGCUGCCUAGAACUCUAAGCGAGAACCUGAGCUUAGCUACGUCAACAGCCGACAUGCUCACAAAGAAUAAGUAUAAAAUGUAGAGAGGUACCACGAGGAGACAGAAAUAGAAGUUGAAACUUGGGCAUAUGUAGUUGAAGAAGUUUUCUUUGGUUUACUUUCAUUCAAGGACCGAGGACAUGCACACAAAGUAGCUGUUGCGAAUUCAAAAUCGACAUCCUAUGAUUCUGUUAAUGCAUGCAUAUGUUUGGAUAAUAUAAUGUAUGCUGAGAGCAGACAGGCUCGAAUCUAGGUUCUUUCCUUUUAUUAUUUACUUUCAAUAUUUCGCUUUCAAAGCAUCAUGAAUUCCG